GGGAUUGUCUUGGAAUAUAAACGAUUAGACUUUACCUUGAUAACCAUUCCUGAUUGGUUAAUUCUAGAAUGGAUAGCGAACCAUUUGACAGACACAGGAGGCUCUCAUUAACGAGAAAAUAUACAGCGAGAAGACGAUCAGAUAUGAUUGUAUACCGUGACAAAAAUGAAAAUGAGCAGCCCAAAAAGAGUGUUGAAUCUCCCGAGGGGAUAUUACUAAAUGGACACGACACUGAGGAAAAGGUUUAUCAUUUCAUGAGACCCUUGAUUAUUGAGCCCAAACCAAAUGAAAAUGGUCAGAGUGGCUCUAGAAGAGGAAGCAUCUCUAGUAUGACAAGCAAUAGGAGCUCUAGAGAAUUCAGUAAAUCUCCUUCUAGAUCCCCGAGUAGGUCCAGCAUAUGUUCAAAAUCAGUCCGUUUCGAAGAGGACGAAGUUGUCAAAGUAAAUACUCGUGAUUCCAAAACUUACCGUCGCAGUGGCUCCAGGAAGCCUCAAAGAGCAUAUAAAAAAUCUCAUUCUCAUACAAAUAUUUUACCAGUUCAGGAAAAUGACACUCACAAGUUGAGUCCGGUGCAGAAUUUUAAGAAUAGUAGAAGUAGUACAUUGCCAAGGGUGGUUACCCGAACCAGGACAUCACUAUUAGACAAUAUAUCUGAGGAGUCAGAUGAAGAUCGAAGAUUCCGUCGAAGAUCUACUGGCUCAAGUUGGGAGCGCACUUUGAGGAAAAUGAACAUAUGGGAAGAACCAUAUAAUCGCAAAUUAAAAG